CUUGAGCCUGUCCGAUUGUUUGACUCUGCGUGGUGGUGGGACUGUAUUUAUAUGAGUGUCACGGACACACAGACAAUUGUUAUGGUUAAUGCACGUUGUCUCAUUUUCGUGUAUGUAGCGUGAUCUGCGGGCGAUACUCGCGAGGCUGUAUGGCUACCGAGACUUGAGUGAACAGCUGCCCCCCUGAAUGCCCAGCCGGCUGGAUGACCUUGAAGCUUAAUAGAUUGGCGAAAUCAAGCCUGCUGCGAUUGUUGUCCCACCGCGUCCCGGCUUUUUCGAACCCGCAAACUAUGAGGUGACCUCGAAGCUUCUCCAGCGGGCGAAACCGCCGGACAGCCUGAGUCGAAGCUUCCCCGCUAAGGUCGGGCCACGAUUCCAUUACGAUUCCACCGAGCCUCAAUUCGUUGAGGGAGCUGUCGGGAAGUAUUGACCAAGGAGCGCCUCAGUAUGCCAUUGAUUCGGAAAGUGGGCCAAGCUGUAGACAGACUUUGGGAGAAGAAAGGAUCCCUUGGCAUCAGGUCCUCCAGAGUGAAGACGAAGGCGACCCUUCUCGGCCUCGUCGAAGGCGGCUACGAGUCAUUGCGAAAAAGCGGAUUCGGCCCCUACCUGAGAGAACACCGUGAUGGCUUUGGGGGUGUCAUCAAGGAUAUCCCUUCCGAUGACAAGGCAGCGGAGAGAAAGCAAGCAAGCUCCAAGAGGCAGCUCCUACGUCGUCGCAUUGUAUCGGCUUUCUUGGAGCUUCAAACCAUGCUGAUCGGCCUCGCUAUGUGUACCUUCAGUAUUAUGGCCUACUACGACAUCACAGAAGUCAAUAAAAUCAGCGCCAAAUGGCUCAUGUAUGUGUUCGUGUCUGCCGUGGGUCUGUUCGUCGCAACAGCACUUUUUCUUGCAGUUGGCUCUUCAUGUAUUCGCGUACACCAGUAUGCUGAGGGCGAGGGUGGGGAGGACGAUGAAGAUGAGGAAGAUGCAUAGCCUUACUCAUCCUGCUAUACAAGUACCUCUAUCUGUGUACAUGUUCGUAGUGUAAGGAUCAGUGGAUUUGCAGUGAGGCAGGUAAAGGCCGAAGCCUCAUUCAUGCAUGGAGUGGCGCUCUAUGGUUGAAGAGCAGAAAAGACCGUACGGAACAAUGGAUGUGUGCAGCCACUUUCCUUCCGUAGCUAGCGGUAAAGCAGCCGUUGCAAUAGUAGGGAGAUGUCAAUACUUCGGUAUGCAUGAAAAACGACUCGAGGACUAUCUGGCUUCGGUUCUCCUGUAUUGAAA